CAGACACUACAGGGGAUGAGGGUUGACUAGGCCGCAGCAAGUUUGGCCACUGCCAAGAAGGUUUUCUGGGACCCGACCCGCUCCGCGACUCUUCCGACUUCCCCCAACUCACCAGCUUUUCCUGCCCCCUCCGGCGCUUGGCAUCGACGGGGACAUUUUCUCUUGGACUCCCUUCAAACAUUCCUUUUCUAGACGUUACUCCUGGAAGUAGAGGAGCAGAUGGCAACUGAGGCUACAGAGGAACCAGGCCACCAAAACUUGGGGCAACCUGACCAGCUGAAGGGUGCUCCUCUUCUGAAUGUGCACACUCCUUAUAUCCCUUUAAGGAUACCCCGAAAUCUUCCACUUGGCAUGGCCAUUGCCAAUCCAGUGUUUGUGAGCUCCCAGGGGCCUAAGGGGGACAAUUCCCUCAUUCAGACCCCCUUAAGUUGUCAUUACAUUCCUCCACUUCAGCUGAAGGAUCUGUUCUCCAAAGACUUAGAUAAAUUCUCCAAGGAGGACCACCCGCAUCAGAAGCUGAGGGAGGGGGCAUUUCAACCCUCAUGUCUUCCACACUCCACUUCGCAAGCCCCCCACUGGCCCUUAACUCACCAAGCGGGAGGACAUCAGCGACCAAUAGCCCCAGACGACCGAGCUGGCUCUGAGACGUCACGGCCCGCUUCUAAACUAGCUGAAUGGAUGGCUCGAGAGAAUGGUUUCCGUCUAUCUGGGCCGUCCUCUUCCAACUUAAAAUUCCCCUGGCAACGGGUCAUCUCUAGAUGUGAAGCAGGGGUGGGAGAGGGAACAAGAGAGGGAAGUCCGAGAAGCAGGAGCUCGACGCAGGAUACUGGUUUCCCUUUACGCCCUUGGCAUCCUGUGCAAACAUGGCCGCAACUACCUUUCUUUUCCUCAUACCCACUCCCUCCUCCCUCCUGGACUCCCACUCAAUGCUCCCCUCCUACCCCCACAUCGCCAGUCAGCUCCUUCCCCUAUGGUCCGAUGCCUCUUUCCAGUCACUUCUCCAAUUCUUCCUGUCCUCAAAUGCCUUUCUCUGCUUCUUUUCCCCUUCCUCAGCUGCCCUUCCCUUCCCCGGAUCCAGAGGUGACAAAAACAACAACGUAUAAGGAGGGGAUGGAGUGAUUCAAAACAGAAUGCAAGUUCUUUUAGCAUUUAGAAAGAUAAGAUAGUAGACCUGUAGGAUACCUAAGCCAU